AUAAAAUCUGCUGUAAGCAUCGUGGACCGCUUGAACCUCUAUCAUCUUCAAGCCCAGUGUGUGUUCUUCACUGCUUCUCCUCUCGCAUUUCGUCGAGCAUUUUAAUGUCCAGCACCAUACCCCCUCUUUCUCUCACCGCCCAUUUCAAUCAAUUCAUCGAUAAACCCUCGGUCAUAGCCUUAAACCCCUGUAGUAGUUCUCCCGUUAUGUGGAGAAGCAUAGCCAAACAGAUCCCUUCAAAAGUCUCUCACAAAUUGUCUCUCAAUCUUGAUAAACUAUUGAAGUUCAAAUCAGUUGAUCCCGUUUCUUGCUCGAAGAAUCGCUGUGCGGGGCUAGGAUUUCGGAGAAAUGGCAAAACUUUUCCGCGGGCAGAGUUUUUGAGCAGACCAGUUUUGCCGCACAUAAACGGGUUAUCCUCCAAGUGCUAUGCUAGUGUGGCCGAAGCUGUUGAGGUUUUGUCCCAUGAGACCGAAGAAAGCGUGCCUGCCGUAGCCGAUGAGGUUGAGCAAUUGUUGGCGGAGAUGAGAAGAGAAGAGAUGAAACAGUUUCAUUGUGAGUGGAGGAAACAUCAGAAGAAGUCUAGAGGGAUGGGGAGAUGGAAAUAUCAAGCUCUUAGGAAAAGGCAGGUAAAGAUUGAGACUGAGGCAUGGGAGAAAGCUGCCAAGGAGUACAGGGAACUCCUGGAAGAUAUGUGUGCUCAGAAGUUGGCACCUAAUUUACCAUACAUGAAAUCUCUUUUUCUAGGGUGGUUUGAGCCUCUUUAUAAAAGAAUUACUGAAGAACAGGAGCGUUGUCGGAAUGGGGUAGGAAAAGACAAGCAUUUGAAAUACAUUGAUCAGUUACCUGCAGAUAUGAUUGCUGUGAUAGCGAUGCAUAAGUUGAUGGGGUUAUUAAUGGCAUGUGGUGAACAUGGUGCUGCAAAGGUGGUACAUGUUGCCUAUACUCUGGGAGAUGCAAUCGAGCAAGAGAUUAGGAUACACAAACUUUUGGAGAAAACAAAGCAGGCUAAAGUAAAUAAAGAUGCAAAUGAUAAUAAAGUUGAUAAAGAUACAGACAUGGACGGAGAAGAAACUGCAGAAGAAAACAAACAAAAUCUGCAGAGAAGAGUCACUAAUUUGAUAAAGAAGAAAAACCUACGAGCUGUGAGACGUAUAGUGGACAGCCAGGACGAUUUGAAGCACUGGGAACAAGGUGCCAAGGUUAAGGUUGGGUGCCAUCUGGUUGAGUUGGUAUUGCAGACAGCUUAUAUACAGCCCCCAACAGAUGAAUUGGCUGACAGUCCACCAGACGUUCGACCUGCAUUCAUUCAUACAACUAGGACUCUCACUAAUAAAGCAAAGGGUGGUAGCAGAAGAUAUGGCGUUAUCCAAUGUGACCCAUUGGUCCUCAAAGGUCUUGAAAGAUCAGUGAGUAAAUCAUCAACUUGAUCAGCUAGUAGGUGGAAUGCUGGGACUCUUUUAAUCAUCCAUAUUAAUGUGCAGCUGUACUCCGACAGACUUUCUGAUAGAGCUGUUGGGAUUUAUUAAAAAAAGCUCGGCACAUGGUUAUUCCUUAUAUGCCCAUGCUAGUUCCUCCAGUCAAGUGGACAGGUUAUGACAAGGGUGCAUACCUCUAUUUGCCUUCAUACGUCAUGCGGACACAUGGAGCAAGACAGCAAAGAGAAGCUAUUAAGAGAGCCCCUAGGAAGCAGUUAGAACCUGUAUACGAGGCACUUGAUACACUUGGAAGUACCCGGUGGAGGAUAAAUAAAAGAGUACUCUCUAUUGUUGAUCGAAUAUGGGCCAGUGGUGGUCAUCUUGCUGGUUUAGUUAACCGUGAUGAUAUCCCUUUGCCAGAAGAACCAGAUACAGAAGACGAAACAGUAAUUAAAAAGUGGAGGUGGAAAGUAAACAGUGUCAAGAAAGAGAACAGAGAAAGACAUUCACUUCGAUGUGAUACAGAGCUCAAACUUGCUGUGGCACACAAAAUGAAAGAUGAAGAAGGUUUCUUUUACCCACACAAUCUUGAUUUUCGUGGCCGUGCAUACCCCAUGCACCCACAUUUGAACCAUCUCGGCUCUGAUAUCUGUCGGGGAGUCUUAGAGUUUGCUGAAGGGCGCCCUCUUGGGAAGUCAGGCCUUCGUUGGAUGAAGAUACACUUGGCUAACUUGUAUGCUUGUGGUGUUGAUAAAUUAUCUCUGGAUGGUCGGAUAGCCUUUACUGAAAAUCAUUUGGACGAUAUAUUUGAUUCCGCUGACAGACCACUUGAGGGAAAGCGUUGGUGGCUCAAAGCAGAGGAUCCUUUCCAGUGUUUGGCAGCAUGUAUUAAUCUCUCUGAAGCCUUGAGAAGUGAAUCUCCAGAAAUGGCCAUUUCACAUGUUCCGGUGCACCAGGAUGGUUCUUGCAAUGGUCUGCAGCACUAUGCCGCUCUUGGAAGAGACAAGUUAGGAGCACUUUCUGUCAAUCUGGUUGCAGGAGAAAAACCCGCUGAUGUUUACUCAGGCAUAGCAGCUAGAGUUCUGGAUAUCAUGAAGAGAGAUGCACUGGAAGAUCCUGCCGUAUUCCCUGAUGCAUUACGCGCUAGGCUUCUAGUUAAUCAGGUUGAUAGAAAACUGGUGAAGCAAACAGUGAUGACAUCAGUUUAUGGUGUCACAUAUAUCGGUGCCCGAGAGCAAAUCAGGAGGAGACUGAAGGAGCGUGGGGUGAUUGAAGAUGACUCUGAACUCUUUGGUGCAGCCUGUUAUGGUGCAAAAGUCACAUUGACUGCGCUAGGGGAGAUGUUUCAAGCUGCACGCAGUAUCAUGACUUGGCUUGGAGAUUGUGCGAAGAUAAUUGCUUCUGAAAACCAACCAGUUCGAUGGACAACACCCCUUGGACUUCCAGUUGUGCAACCUUACCGCAAGAUUGGAAGGCACCUUGUUAAGACUUCUCUUCAGGUGUUAACUUUGCAGCGAGAAACAGAAAAGAUCAUGGUCAAGAGGCAGAGAACGGCUUUCCCUCCAAAUUUUGUCCAUUCCCUUGAUGGGUCACAUAUGAUGAUGACUGCAGUUGCAUGCAAAAGAGCAGGCUUGAGAUUUGCAGGAGUUCAUGAUUCGUACUGGACGCAUGCAUGUGAUGUGGAUGAGAUGAACACGAUCCUAAGGGAGAAGUUUGUAGCGCUUUAUGAAAAGCCCAUACUAGAAAAUUUAUUGGAGAGCUUUCAGCAGUCUUUCCCUACACUGACAUUUCCACCAUUGCCUGAAAGAGGGGACUUAGAUAUGAAAGAUGUUCUGGAUUCUCCAUACUUCUUCAAUUGAUUAUUACUCUCAGGGAGGAAGUGCUCCCGUAUUUGCUUCUUGUGUGAUAGAAUCUCGGGUUAUGGCCUGAAGACGGCAUGGGACCCUUGUCUUUGUAUAUAUGAGCUGAAGCACACAAUAAUCUUUGACCUCGCUUCGAUUUGAGGCGACACAGUUUUUGAUCCGCUUUGUUGGAUGGGCAUCUCAAGUAGACACGGGGAUAUCGAGACCAUCUGCAUAGCUAUGGGGAGAUGGAUUUCCCAUGUUACCAGGUGAAAGGGUCUAUACAGUUAACUAAUUCUGCAACUGAAAUGGCAAAUCUCCCAGCUCCUUGAUGUAAAUGUUUUAAAUGUGAAGGUGUUUCUUGCAAGCCUCCGAGCUAAUUUUAUUUAUUUAUUUUAAUAAUUCAAUAGUCAUGUCACUUUGUUUAAUAGAGCUUUUAUGUAAUUCUUAAAUAUGUAAAUUUUAUUUGUUAAUAUUAGAUUAGAUAUUAUAAAAUUGAAUUGAGAAUAUCAUCAGUCUUGUCUCGUACUCUCGUUGCAUGAGUGAUGAGAGUGUUUGGGAAACAUGAAAAGGCUUUAGAGUUUUGAUUAAUAUUGUAUUUAUUAUUGUUGU